CAAACCCAAACCCAAGCUCAAGCUCAGGCUCUGUUUCGGUGUCGGUGUCUUUCUCUCUAUCUUCCCAUUCAUCUUCACUGCCGUCCUUCACAUACUCUACACGCUACACAAUGUCCGCCCAGCUCACCCCCUCCAAGCAGGCUGCCUCCUCCCUCGAGAACCUCAAGAUGUCCGACUCCCCCGUCAAGAAGCUCAACUUCGACGCUGUCGGCAAGGAGAACGCGCCCUCCACCGUCGACGUGCCCGCCCAGAAGCCCGUGGCUGAGAAGCCCACCGAGGUCAUCAAGGUUGCCCCCGGCAUCAAGGAGAUGGAGGCCAACGAGCCUCUGCUCCAGGAGAACCCUCACCGUUUCGUCCUGUUCCCCAUCAAGUAUCACGAGAUCUGGCAAAUGUACAAGAAGGCCGAGGCCUCGUUCUGGACCGCCGAGGAGAUUGAUCUCUCCAAGGACCUGCACGACUGGAACUCCCGCCUCAACGAUGACGAGCGCUACUUCAUCUCCCACGUCCUGGCCUUCUUCGCCGCCUCCGAUGGCAUUGUCAACGAGAACCUGGUCGAGCGCUUCAGCGGCGAGGUGCAGAUCCCCGAGGCCCGUUGCUUCUACGGCUUCCAGAUCAUGAUGGAGAACAUCCACUCCGAGACCUACUCCCUGCUUAUCGACACCUACAUCAAGGAGCCCAAGCAGCGCACCUACCUCUUCGACGCCAUUGACAACAUUCCCUGCAUCCGGAAGAAGGCCGACUGGGCCAUCAAGUGGAUCCAGGACAAGGAGUCGACCUUCGCCCAGCGCCUGAUCGCCUUCGCUGCCGUCGAGGGUAUCUUCUUCUCGGGAUCGUUCGCGUCGAUCUUCUGGCUCAAGAAGCGUGGCCUGAUGCCCGGCCUGACCUUCUCCAACGAGCUGAUCUCCCGUGACGAGGGUCUCCACACCGACUUCGCCUGCCUGCUCUUCUCGCACCUGAACAACCGCCCCAGCAAGAAGGUGGUCGAGGACAUCAUCGUCGAGGCCGUGUCGAUCGAGAAGGAGUUCCUGACGGAGUCCCUGCCGGUGGCCCUGCUGGGCAUGAACUCCAAGCUGAUGUGCCAGUACAUCGAGUUCGUGGCGGACCGCCUCCUGGUGGCGCUGGGCAACAGCAAGUACUACAACUCGACCAACCCGUUCGACUUCAUGGAGUCGAUCUCGCUGGCGGGCAAGACCAACUUCUUCGAGAAGCGGGUGGGCGACUACCAGAAGGCGGGCGUCAUGGCCAGCACGAAGAAGAAGGAGGAGGAGACGACGACGGCCUCGGCGGGCGGCCUCAACUUCGACGAGGACUUUUAGAGCGCGAUGCCACGAUACCCGGUUGUUGGCACCAGCCAUGAUAUGUUUGCUUCUGGUUGUUACGAGUUAAUUGAGUAUAGGCAUGGGCUCGGCGUUGGAUGGUGGGAUUCUGUUUCUUUUGAAUGUUCAUGUUGUCUGUCCCCUGUCCCUGUAUUUAAGAUAGGAAUGUACAUUUGUUGGAUA